AGCGUCGACAGCGCGGAGGCGCGCGAGACGGCGGACGGCGCGCUGCCGCGUGAGCCCGGGGCCAGCGACACGCCAGACCUUGGCCAGGCCGACACCAUCGACGCCGGCUUCGUGCUCGACAAGCUUCGGACGCGGCACGCGCACGACGCGAUUUACACGCGCUGCGGCUCCGUGCUCAUUGCUGUCAAUCCGUACAAGAGGAUGGGCCUCUUCUCGGAGGCGGUGCUCGCGCAGUACAAGAAUGCCCACUCGCUCCCAGCCGAGCCGCCGCACACCUUUGAGAUUGCGAGUGCGGCGCACCGGGCGAUGAUCCACAACGGGCGCAGCCAGGCUAUCAUUGUGAGCGGCGAGUCGGGGGCCGGGAAGACCGAGUCCGCGCGCCACGUGAUGCUCUACCUCCGAUACGUCAGCAACACCAGCCCGGAGCUCGAGACCCGCCUCUACGGCUCCGACCCCAUCACUGAGGGCUUUGGCUGCGCCAAGACGGUGCUCAACGACAACUCGUCGCGCAUGGGAAAGUUCACCACGCUCAACUUUGACCCGAGCGCGCGGAUCCAGGGCGCCAGCCUCAACACCUACCUCCUCGAGAAGACCCGCGUCACGCAGUGCGGCCCGGGCGAGCGCUCGUACCACUGUUUCUACGCGCUGUUGCGCGGCGCGUCGCCCGCUCUGCUCAAGGAGCUGCGUCUGCCGUCGGCCGAGCCGAGUGCGUACGCCUAUCUGGCGGGCGGCCACACCGGCGAGUCGGGCGGCGAGCGCACCGACAAGAUGUUGUGGGCGGAGCUCGAGAAUGCGCUCGCCAACCAGGCGUGGGAGGGCGCGGCGCUGGAUGAGCUGUGGCAGCUGGUCGCGGGGGUGCUGCUGCUCGGCAACGUGCGCUUCGACGCGGCCAACAGGGACGCGGCGGCCGUCGAACAUUCGAGCGCCCCGUCCAUCGCGGGCUGCGAGGCGGUGCUCGGCCUGCAGCAGGGCAGCCUUGCACAAGCGCUGACUAAGCGCAAGGUCAAGCCUGGCGGCGACAUCUACGACCUGAGCCUCGUCGCGGCGGGCGACAACCGGGAUGCCCUCGCCAAGGCCAUCUACUCGAAGCUCUUCGACCGCCUCAUCCUCCAGAUCAACCGCGCGCUCGCCGAGGCGCGCAACAUCUACUCGCCGCGGGCGACCGCCCACGUCAUCGGCAUCGUCGACAUCUUCGGCUUUGAGAUCUUCGAGAAGAACUCGCUGGAGCAGCUGUGCAUCAAUUUUGCGAACGAGAAGCUGCAGGCGCUCUUCACCAAGACCGUCUUCGUCGAGACGAUGCGCGCCUACCAGGAGGAAGACAUUGACGCCCCCGACAUGUCUUACACCGACAACGGCGCGCUCAUCCAGACGCUCGAGGCGCCAAACACGGGGCUGCUCGCCAUCCUGAGCGAGGAGUGCGUCGUGCCAAAGGGGUCGGACGAGGGCUUCACCGAGAAGGUGAUGGCGCAGCACGGAAAGGGCGGCAUCAUCGUGCGCAUGAAGGGCGUCGGCCCAAAGGACGGCUUCGGCAUCAACCACUUUGCUGGCCUGGUCAACUACGGCACCCGCGCCUGGCUCGACAAGAACACGGACCCGCUCAACGGCGACCUCGUCGUGCUGAUGCAGUUCUCUGACAACGAGCUGCUCAAGGAGCUCUUCACCGAGCCGGCGGACGUGGCGCCCGCGGCGGGCGACCGGAAGAAGUUCAAGUCGACCAAGUUCAAGGGCGUCACCGACACCUUCUCGGCGCAGCUCACGGACCUCGUCGGCACGCUCGACAAGUGCGACCUGCACUUCGUGCGCUGCUUCAAAUCCAACGACCAGAAGAAGCCCGACCUGGUCGAGGACGCCGUCAUCACGCGCCAGCUCAACACAUCUGGCAUGCUCGACGCGCUGCGUGUCGCCCGCACCGGAUUCCUCGACCGCAUGCCCUUUGACGAGUUUUGCGGCAACUUCGGAUUCCUCGUGGUUCCCGGUCUCGUCACCAAGGCGAGUUUUGCGAGCAAGGCGCCCAAGGACCGCGUGUUGGCGCUGCUCCAGAAGCUCGCCGUGCCCGGCCAAAAGUUCCGCUGCGGCAAGGCGCGCGUCUUCUUCGCCUCGGGCGUGCUCGAGGGCCUGCGCACGCGCCGG